AUGCGCCAAAUUGCAGUGCUUAUUUUCGCCACCAUUCUGCUGGUUGUGGCAAAUGCUAUAUUCGAGCAACCACCAACCGAGCACCUCACCGAUCAAAACUUCCAAGGGAAAGUGCUUAACUCAUCCGAUCCAUGGAUUGUCGCUGUUUAUUGGAAUCCCUGCAAGCACAGUAAACGGUAUUCGAAAGAAGUUUGGCCAGAAAUUAUUUCUAUCUUCAACAACAGCAACGUUAGAUGGAGCCCCUCGAUCGCAACUUUGUCAAAGAAGAGGACGAUCUUA